UUUUAUGAGUUUAUUUAUUAUGAAAUUUGUAAUUAGAGGAAUUUAGAGAAAUAAUUAUUAAGAGGAUACUGUGUAAACAUUAUUCUUCAUGGGGGAUCAAUGCUUGUAGAUUUCAUCGAAAAUCAUCAUCCACAAAUUUACAUUCCCACGAACAAUCAAACAAACAAACACUGAGCAUAGUAUAAUACUUGACUGAAACCCCACUAAAUCCCAAGGCUAACAGAGAAAAAAUGACACAGAUUAUGUUUGAAAAAUUCAAAGUUCCAUGCUUGUACGUAGAAAAACAAGCUGUACUCUCUUUGUAUGCUUCCGGUCGGACAACUGGAAUUGUACUCGACUCUGGAGACGGUGCCACGCACACAGUACCAAUUUAUGAGGGCUUCGCCCUACCUCACACUACUAUGAAAAUGGAUCUUGCUGGACGGGAACUCACCGAAUAUCUCAUGAGAAUUUUCACAGAACGUGGUUACGUGUUCACAACCACAGCUGAAAGAGAAAUUGUCCGCGACAUUAAAGAAAAACUCUGCUAUGUUACAUUAGAUUUUGAAGGCGAAAUGCAAAUCGCUUCAAAAUCCUCAUCACUUGAGAAGAAGUACGAGCUUCCUGAUGGACAGGUCAUCACCAUUGGUAACGAAAGAUUUCGGUGCCCGGAAGCCCUGUUCCAACCCUUUUUCCUUGGACUGAAAUCUGCUGGUGUGCAUGAAACCCUCUACAACAGCAUCAUGAAAUGUGAUGUUGACCUUCGAAAGGACUUGUUCGCAAAUACAGUUUUGUCGGGCGGAACAACCUUGUUUCCGGGUAUUGCUGAUCGUCUUCGGAAAGAAAUUGCAGCAUUAGCUCCAUCAGAAAUGAAGAUCAAGAUAAUCGUUCCACCAGAGAGGAAAUACUCCGUCUGGAUCGGUGGUUCUAUUCUUGCUUCUUUCUCGGACUUUCUACAAAAGUGUAUCGACAAACAGGAAUAUAACGAAUUCGGUCCUUCUUUCGUGCACAGAAAGUGCUUUUAAGUUAUGUAAGUCUCAAACAACUUUGCUAAAUGAGACUUUACAAAAAUAUUCUCUCUUUGAAUUACCAGAUUCUUGUCGAAGCA